AUGACUCAUUGGCAGCCCGAUCCCAGCACAGCCUCAUGGGACCCUGCAGUGGUUGUGUUUUCAUUGGUUUCUCACGCUCCGUUCCUCUGUCUCUCGCUCUCCUUCUCAUCGGGUGGCGAGUGUAACCAUGGUAAUGCUGUUCUCUGUCCUCCGCAGGGAAAGGUUCACCUGGAGCUGCGUCUCAGUGAGGUCAUCACAGACAGCGGAGUCGUCUGCCACAAGCUGGCAACACGGGUUUUAGAGUGUCAGGAUCUGCCGAUAGUGAAUGGCCAGUGUGAUCCGUACGCCGCUGUGUCUUUACUUGGCCUCUCCAGGUCAGAAGCCAAGAAGACGAAGGUCAAACGGAAAACCAACAAUCCUCAGUUUGAUGAGGUCUUCUUUUUUGAGGUGACAAAACCGCUGAGCUACACCAAACGACAGUUUGACGUGGAAGAGGACGACGUGGACAAGCUUGCACUUAACAAUCUGAAGUUCGGAGACGAGUUUCUCGGAGAGGUACGGGUGCCGCUGAAGGUGCUGGGACAGUCGGGUGUUCAUGAUGCAUGGUACUUCCUGCAGCCAAGAGAUAACGGCAAUAAAUCGGUGAAGGCCGAUGAGCUAGGCUCAUUACGACUCAACAUGCCAUCUGAAUCUAUAAGUUUUAUCACUCAGCCCGUCUCUGCGUCCGCGGCUCACAUCUUGGGCGAGGUGUGCCGUGAGAAGCAGGAAGCCGCUGUCCCGCUGGUGCGACUCUUCCUGCACUAUGGCAAAAUAGUGCCUUUCCUCAGUGCCAUUGCCCACGCAGAGAUCAACCGCACACAGGAUCCCAACACCAUAUUCCGGGGGAACUCUCUGACGUCCAAAUGCAUUGAUGAGACCAUGAAGCUGGCAGGGAUGCAUUACCUGCGGGUCACACUCAAACCCAUCAUUGAUGAAAUCUGCACUGACCACAAACCUUGUGAGAUCGACCCCGUCAAGCUGAAGGAGUCUGAGAACUUAGAUACAAACAGGGAAAACUUACGGCAGUACGUGGACCGGAUCUUUAACGUCAUCACCAGCUCGGGUGUGAGCUGUCCGACAGUCAUGUGUGACAUCUUCUUUUCGCUGCGAGAGUCUGCGGCGUCACGCUUUCAGGUCGACCCGGAUGUGCGCUACACGGCUGUCAGCAGUUUCAUCUUCCUCCGUUUCUUCGCUCCUGCCAUCUUGUCACCGAACCUCUUCCACCUGCGGCCGCAUCACCCGGAUCCGUGCACGUCUCGGACACUGACUCUCAUUUCCAAAACCAUCCAAACACUGGGAAGCCUGGCCAAGUCCAAAUCUGCCAAUUUCAAAGAGUCCUACAUGGCCGCCUUCUAUGACUACUUCAAUGAGCAGAAGUACGCCGAUGCAGUAAAGAACUUCCUGGAUCUGAUCUCGUCCUCGGCCCGCUGGGAUCAGAAGAGCAUUGAGACGCCCAUCAUGCUGAAGGAAGGGAGUGUUAAACUCGUUAUUAAAAGAUUUGAUGCCAAAGGUUCUGGCAGAUUCAUGAUCAAACGAGCUCAAGGGCGAAACCGCUUCGGUCUGAAGAACUUCAAGAAGAGAUGGUUCCGCUUGACCAACCACGAGUUCACCUACCAUAAAACCAAAGGUAACGCAAAAGGUUUGUGCCAUACUCUCACUACAGGUGUUGAUAAACUAUUAGUUAAACAUUUUACCCUAUCCACCUGCGGUUUAAAACCGGUUCUGUGUGAACUGCCCCUUAUGCAUAUGAUGUGGCAUGAUCAAGGGUUCAGACGGUUUGUGUCUGUGUUUGUGUCGUUCAGAGGACUUCCUGCCAACAUCCAGCUGGACGUGGAUGGAGACAGAGAGACGGAGAGGAUCUACUCGCUCUACAGCACGUACAUGUCCAAACUAGUGAAGAUGCAGGAGGCCUGUGGCAGUAAGUCGGUGUACGAUGGCCCAGAGCAGGAGGAAUACUCCACGUUUGUGAUCGACGACCCGCAGGAGACGUAUAAAACCCUGAGACUUGUCAUCUCAGCCGUACAGACACUGGAGCAGCAGCACAUGCAGUACAAACGAGACAAGUUCAGGAAAACCAAGUACGGCAGCCAGGAACAUCCAAUCGGUGAUCAGAGCUUCCAGUGUUACAUCCGCCAGCAAUCAGAAAGCUCCACCUACUCCAUCUGACCACGCCCACUGCAGACACUGCACAGUCUCCACGGCAACAGUCGCAUCUCAGACAGGAAACUCUUGAGUUGUGAUUGCCAAGGUGGCCACAGACAAAAGCUAAACCUCUGGUGCUUUUAUAUGAUUUUAAUCAGCCAACAGCUUCCUCUGAAUGGCGUCACACGCACCUGUGGACCAUGUAGCUCCGCCUCACGGCACGUUAUAACAUUUUGUGAUGUUUUUAAGCUAGGAGACGACCAGAUGUCCUGUAGCUGUGGAUGUUUUUAUAAACAGAGUAUUGGGCCAAAGGACAGAUCCCACAAUCCUUUGCUUUGAAAGGGUUUUUGAGAUGUCGGUGGAUGUGAGACCUGCGGCUGAACCUGAUGAACUGUAACCAUGUUUUUAACUCGUGUAGAAAUAUUCUGCUCUGUUUCUGCCUGCACUUCCCCUUACUCACACUUGUGUCGUCACGCCAGCUGAAGCAGUGCUGCAUUGUGGGAAAUGUGUCAUGUUGUGUGUGUUGAAGCAUGCAGAUGUCCUUAUGCCAGCUGUUUCCAGCAUGUGGCGUGACGCUAAACCACUUUCUGAUGGUUAGUGGGUCCAGUUGUGUUCAGCAUCACAUUUGUGUUUUAUACUUUCUGUUGUGUCUCACAGCUUGUGUGUGUGUGUGUGUGUUUGAAUCUGAAGCAAGCGUGCAUGAGUGUGUUUCAGUGAUUAAUUAUGAUUAAUAACUCCCAUUUUAUCACAUCACACUUUAUAGACCUUUGAUAUGAAUGUAAUUAUUUUGAUGCAUUUCAUGAAAUCUGUCAAGAUAAUGCCCUGCUCAUAUUUCACCCUAAAAUCAAAUCUAUCUAUCUAUCUAUCUAUAUAUAUAUACAG